AUGCGGAAGAACAACCGCAGGACGGAGGCGCAAGCGGCACUGAUUGUGUCGCCUGAAUGGCUAGAUCGUACCGCGGACGCCAUUGCCUCACGCAACGGUGUGCUGCUGACGGACUGCGUCACCAUCGCGGAGGAGGGCGAGGCGACAGAGCUGCCGAGUGCGGCGGUGCUCAAGAACAUUGAGGCGGCGGUGGAGGACCUGCGCUGCACCCUCAUGGAGCGGGUGGAGUCGUCUCAUUCGAGGCACCGCGGAACACCCGGCUGCUGCGCGGAUGACGUGAAGGAACGGCAGCUGUACGUCGAUGUGUUGGUGCGUGUAGCCGUCACCGGGGCACUCGCGCGCUACCAACGCAUGGAGCCACAGAGCGGUCAUAGCAACGGCGCCGGCGAGGGCAACAGCGGCGGCGAAAAGCCACCGCAACGGUACUUUGACACACUUGCACGGGGCAUGCUGCACGUAUUUGAGGCGUUUCAGGAGGUGCACUCCAUGCAGCGCAGUCACUAUACGCCACGGCGACGCGGCGGCAGCACCGUUGGCACCGUUGGCUGGGACACGCUGCUGCUACUUCACUUUGUGCACCGCAUCCCGCGGGUUGCACGUGAUGCUAGCGAGCACGUUAUUGAUGAGGCCACUGGGCAAAUUGUGAGGAGUUGGCGCAAACUGUUGCUUUCGUUACAGACAGCGGACCCACAAGAGUCGCCAGAGCACUCCCGUCGCCGGGGCGCCCUUGCAGUCUGCAACGGCCUGUUGAGUAUUCUUUUUCAUCGCUACAACACACACCAGUGUCGCAUCCUUGUCAACUCGGUCGCACAGUCGGAAAAAAUAGCAGAGUCGACAGGCGACUGGGGCAAAUCCAUCUUGCGGCCUGCGCAGCACAUGAUUGCCGAGGUGGUAAACUUCUGCUACUACAAGGGACGUAUAAUGUUGUACGACCACCGCUUCGAGGAUGCAUACGAUGCGCUGCGGAAGGCUUAUUAUCUCCUCCCGCCACCAGGUGAGGGCACGGAAGUGCAGCAGCGUAACAAACAGCGGGUUCGUUUUUACCUCACGGUGGCUGGUGUAGUUCACGGCAAAGUGGUGCCGGAAGAAAUCCUGAGGACAGACGACCUCAUCGCCUUCGUCUUUAUGCCAAUUUUUUUGGCUGUGCAACGGGGCGACCCACACGCCUUUGCAAACGCCGUCGACGCAUUUGGCACGCUUCUUCGAAAGCGCGGGGUGUUUUUCCUUUUGCAGCGAGCAAAACUCUACUGCUUUCUCGUGCUGCUCGCCCGCACGCGGACCGCACUCGGGAUGUGCAGCGGCGUUGACAACAGCCGCGUCCCUCUCCCUGUCCUCACGGCAGCGUACGCCCACGUCGUGGAUGAGGGGAGGAAAGCAGCCACGGCGCAGACGGGUGCAGCGGGAUCAAACCAGAAGCGUCCCAAAAGACACCGAGAGGAGAACGAUGAGAACAAAACAUCCGUGAUGACGGACGACGAAAUGACAUGGUGGACGGCAAAACUAAUCGCCAGCGGCCUUGUGCGUGGUUACAUCUCGUACGAGCACAAAACCAUCGUUCUCUCGCGGCAAACCCCCUUCCCCACACUGGGGAUAGCACCACCGUAG